ACAGAUGACCCUCUGUCUCAAAUGACACUGCGACAUAAACCGCUACUCACUUCCACCUAGUUAAGAGCGCCGUUUACGCACUUUGAACGAGACAGUCGGUGCUUGAUUGCUUUAGUCUGGUGCAAACAUGGCAGAUUCAGAGGAUAACGUUUCAUUUCUUCAUUUGAAAUCCCUUCUGCAAAUGGAUCCUUACCUUAAACCAUUUGAAAAGGACUUACACAGGAGGCAUGAGCUGUUUGAGAAGCAGCUCGCACUACUCGAGGAAGCUGAAGGAGGCUUUGAUAAGUUUACACGCAGCUAUGAGAGUUACGGCGUACAGCGGAUGCCAGACAAUAGUCUUUUCUUCAAGGAGUGGGCCCCAGCCGCCGAGGCCUUGUUCCUAACUGGAGACUUCAAUGGCUGGAAUAAAUUUUCACAUCCCUACACUAAAAAGGAGUUUGGGAAGUGGGAGCUGCACAUCCCUCCAAAAGAGGACGCGACACCUGCUGUCACCCAUAACUCCAAGAUGAAGGUGGUUGUUCACACCAAAGCAGGCGAGCGGCUGUACCGAAUCUCACCUUGGGCAAAGUAUGUGACCAAGCAGGAGUCUGUCAUCUAUGAUUGGGUACAUUGGGACCCUCCUCAACCUUACAUUCACAAGUACCCUCGUCCACAGAAGCCCAGGAGCUUACGGAUCUACGAGUCCCAUGUUGGCAUUGCUUCUCCAGAGGGAAAAGUGGCAACUUACAGCAACUUUACACACAACGUGCUGCCCAAGAUAAAAGAACUUGGAUAUAACUGUAUUCAGCUGAUGGCGAUCAUGGAACAUGCGUAUUACGCUUGCUUUGGAUAUCAGGUCACAAGCUAUUUCGCUGCUUCGAGUCGUUAUGGCACCCCAGAGGAGCUUAAGGAGCUGAUUGAUGUGGCUCACUCUCUGGGCAUCAUCGUCCUGCUGGAUGUGGUACACAGCCACGCAUCCAAAAACACAGAGGAUGGGCUGAACCGCUUUGACGGCUCUGACUCGUGUUUCUUCCACAGUGGGCCCCGUGGAGAACACAGCCUCUGGGACAGCAGACUCUUCAACUACUCAAGCUGGGAGGUGUUGCGUUUUCUCCUGUCCAACUUGCGCUGGUGGAUGGAGGAGUACAGAUUUGAUGGAUUCAGGUUUGAUGGGGUGACGUCUAUGUUGUACUAUCAUCACGGAAUCGCAUCAGAAUUUUCAGGAGAUUAUGCUGAAUACUUCGGACUUCAUGUAGAUGAAGACUCGCUGGUCUACAUUAUGCUGGCAAACCAUAUUCUACACACCCUCUAUCAGGACUGCAUCACUAUUGCAGAGGAUGUGUCCGGUAUGCCUGCCCUUUGCUUUCCAAUCCAGGAAGGAGGUCUUGGUUUUGACUAUCGUCUGGCAAUGGCCAUACCUGACAAAUGGAUUCAGAUCCUCAAGGAAUUCAAGGAUGAAGAUUGGAACAUGGAAAACAUUGUGUUCACAAUGACCAACAGACGAUACGGUGAAAAAUGCAUUGCUUACGCCGAGAGCCACGACCAGGCCCUUGUGGGAGACAAAACGCUUGCCUUCUGGCUGAUGGACAAGGAGAUGUACACCAACAUGAGCACCAUGAUUCCCAUGAACUCUGUCAUUGAUCGGGGCAUUCAGCUACACAAGAUGAUCCGGCUGCUUACUCACGGACUGGGAGGGGAGGGAUACCUCAACUUCAUGGGUAAUGAGUUUGGUCAUCCAGAAUGGCUGGAUUUUCCACGAGUCGGCAACAAUGAGAGUUACCAUUAUGCCCGCCGACAGUUCAACCUUGUGGACACAGAUCACCUGCGAUAUCGGCAGCUGUACAUUUUCGACCGGGACAUGAACCGCACAGAGGAGAAGUACGGCUGGCUGGCUGCUCCCCCGGCUUAUGUCAGCGCCAAGCAUGAGGAAGACAAGGUGAUCAUCUUCGAGAGGGGUAAUGUCCUCUUCAUCUUCAACUUCCACCCCACCAAAAGCUACAGCAGCUAUAGAGUUGCUGUGGGGCCGGCAGGGAAAUACAAGAUCAAACUGGACUCAGAUGAAAUUCAGUAUGGAGGUCAUGGCAGACUGGACCACAACACAGAUUUCUUCACUGAGCCAAUGGCAUUCAACGGUCAACCCAACUCUAUGCUGGUUUACAUUCCCUGCAGAACCGCUGUUGUUAUGGCCAACGAGGAAAUUGAUUACUGCAACUGAAACACAAUCAGCGAAUCACCACAAGAUGGAAAUCCAGCACACUUCUUCCACUCAGCCUACCUUACUUCACAGUGUGUUCACCAUCUUCCUUUACAAAACCAAUGCUUUUCCUGUGAACUGCCACCAAAUGAAUUUAGUUCAGAAUUUUGUAAAAGCAUAUAAUUCUGGUUCUGUAACUUUCCCUGUUACAGUAAUUAAAUCUGUAUUGUUCACAACAUACACAAUAAAUUAUUGAUGAAAUAUUAAGAAUUGGGGUCCCACUUUGUUUUACAGUGUUCAUGUUACUGUGUAAUUACAUAGGUAAUUAAUGAGUAAUACUUAUGACCGACGUGACAUUGUGUAAUUAUUUUGUGAAGCUGCUUGUACUUGCAUAUUGUUAUUGUUAUUACUAUAGUAAUUAAUAGUUAUAUGUAUAGUAGUAAUAUUAACAUGUAAUCUGUAACAUAGACACUGUAAAAUAAAGUGUUACCAGAAUUGCUUAUAAAAAAUCCCAUAGCUUAUAACACAUUUUUGCAUCUGUCUGUGCUGUUUUUCAAUUGUUGUAAACACGUGCUAGCAUGACGUCUUUGACUGCUGCGUCACGUCUCGCUGUUUUCACUUUUUUUCUCAGCAUUUUAUCCAGGAGUGCCAUAUUUUUUAGAUGGCAUGUCAAGUUAAAAAGAACUUUUAAAAACGCUGAUCGAGACACAUUCAUUCUGUUAAAUUUGUUGUGCUGCGUCUAACUUUUUUGUGCAAGAAUGCGCUACUCGGUCUGAACGGCACAUUAGUCAUCAAACCUCAUACUUCUUUAACUGGAUAUGUAAAAAGCACGUUUCAAUUGGCUAAAUUGUGUUGUUCAAAAACAAUCACUAUUAUUAAUAAAACCAACCAUGACUGCCUAUCGCACAGCUUCGGUUUUAGCUUCAGAGUACAUUUGUGGAGUAACUAUAUAUCUAGAUUAUCAACUGUUGCUUAAUGAAGAAAUCAUCUUGACCUGGUUCAUAAAUUACUACUGAAAUUACUGUUUAAUGGUACAAAAUUGAAUGUAUUAUUUGGGUGAAAUGUUAGUAUUACUCAAUGCAAAGUUGACUUUGGUCAGUAUUAGAAGCAAUACAGUAUGUCAACAUUGUAUGUAUAUAUAAAAAAAUAUAUAAAAAAAAACAUUGAAAGGUAAAAAUAAUUCAUUUACAUGGGUGUGAUCUGGCUACUGUUCAAUUUUAAUAUGACACAAGCACUUUUUGACAUUCUAUGAUUUAAGAUAUUCUGUAUAAAAAUUGAUGUGCACCAUGUGUUAAUUUGUCUUUAAAAACAAAAUACUGUCGGUUUCAUGCAGAGUUCGUCAAUUUUGGAUUAUAAUCCAAGGAUGCAAGAAAGUUAGAUUAUAUAUUUUUAAUACAUUUAAACUCACUGUGUAAAAUCAUAACAGCUAAGUUGUGCUUUUUCUGACAAGCUGUGUUAUUUAGUGCCUUUAAAUAUUUUUGCUCACAGCCAGGUUUUGAUGAAUAGUGUUUAGACUUGAUGAAGCAGAGAUGAUAUAGCAUGUACUACUAAUAAUUACUAACAUCCUGUCUACACCGGAUGUGAGCAGCGCAUCUACACUGAUGCUGUCUACCUGAAGUGUCCGUUACGGUGCAUCCAUCAUGCCAACAGUAAAUGGGUGUCCAGUUCCAUUUUGCACUGCACGCGCUGGCGCUACUACUGCCAAAAACACAAAUAAACGGUUUCGAACUUUAUGUUGUCACGUCCAGUGUAAACAGCCUCAAGCCAUUGUCUCAUGUGUAGAAAGUGUGUGAGACAAUCGUGAAGAAAAUCGGAAAGAGAAUGUGACAGAUUCACUGUCCAACAGUUUUAGGACAUCUCACAUAUUGUAAACAUCAUUUAGAAUGUUAUAUUUCCAUAUAUUUUUAGGGCAGGAAACUGUUUGCACUGUCAGAAUGUUGAUUUAAUAUGCUAUUCUGUUUUUGUUAUUCUGUUAUGCCUCAAAAGUAUAGAAAAUGGCUAUUAUUCCCCACAAACUUUGCUUUUGUGAUCAGGACAGUGAUAUUUUGAAAUGUACCUAUUUCCAAUGUGAAAACGGGCGAAUUUGUGUCUUUUCGUUCACAUAAAGUUAGAAAAAACAACAUACGAAUCCAAAAUCCUUCUUUAUCUGUGGUCCGACGAAGACUUUGACCUUUGCCUCAGACAGCUUAGGGAAGAAGUCUUGAAGGUACUUGAAGGCUGCUGACUCCUUAUCUAGAGCUCUGACAAAUUGUUUCAUAAGGCCCAAUUUGAUGUGCAAUGGUGGCAUCAGCACCUUCCAGGGGUCCACCAGUGGCUCCCACUUGAUGUUGUUCCUCCCCACAGAGAACUCGGUCCGCUGUGGCCAGUCCCACCUGUGGUAGUGUCCCUGCUGUCCCAAAGGCAAAUAUAGACAGGGAAACUUGGUAAAACCACCUUGGAGACCCAUCAGGAAUGCCACCAUUUUUAAGUCUCCUAUGACCUCCCAGCCAUACUCAUCAUUCUUCAAGGCGUCCAGCAAGGUCUUGAUGCUGUUGUAAUCCUCUUUGAGGUGCACCGAGUGAGCCAGGGGAAGAGACAGGUACUUGUUACCAUUAUGGACCAGCACAGCUUUUUUUGUUGUUGUUUUUUUCUGACUUUAUAUGAACAAAAAGACAGUUUUGCCCGUUUUGCCCGUUUUUGCCCAAAAUAUCACUGUUCUGGUCACAAAAGCAAAGUUUGUGGGGAAUAAUAGACAUUUUCAGUACUUUUGAGUAAUAAGCAAUUAGGAAAUAACACUUACUACCCAGAAAAAAAAAUAAAUAAAAAAUAGAAAUUGUUACAUAGUGAUCCAGCCAACUGCUCUUUUCAAGGCACCUUAAGACCCACCUGUUACUCCCCAUUCCCCCUGAAGAGGAGUAGCUCUUCCUUUUUUGUUGUUGUGGGAUUUGAAGAAGUGUAAAUUGCCCCAAGAAAGCUGGAUGCUUAGCAGCAAUUAGCCUCCUAAUCUGUCCUAAAGAGAAAUGUUGUUUUAACUUUUGACCACAAUGUGGCACUGGCCCAAAUCUUUAAAGGUAACCUCAGGGCAUAGCACCCAUGAUGCAUACCGAGUUUCAUAACAGUAUGCCAAUGUGUUUUUAAAAUAAAGCAUUUUAAGGCAAAAUUCUAAAUGGCCCACACCCAAAAUGGCCGACAUAGUAAAAUUGGCCAUCAUUUGACUUGGUAUGCCCCAAGGAAUCUAAAGAGACCAGCCUCAUAAUUUUAGGCCAAACUAUUUAGAAGUUAUAAGAAAAAGUAGUCAAAAGUAGCCACUAGGUGGUGUUGUGCCAAAACACUGCAGGUACCCUCAAGUCAUGAUUGCUAUGACAUAUACCAAGUUUGGUGUCAAUUCACCUAAGCCUGGCGAAGAUACCGUCUCACGUCCAUUUUGGCGUGCUUGCCGUCAAAUUCAUUGAAGCGUUAUUCAAGAACCAUUAGGUCUAUCAAAAAGCUGUUAAUAAAUGUUUGUCCCCAGUGUCCCUAGAUGAUACACGACAAAUUUUGUGCAAAUCGGAGUUACGGUGUAGGAGUUAGAAAAAGUAGGUUUUUCAGAAAAUUCAAAAUGGCGGAAAAUCUAGUCAGGCGGACAUUGAAACCAUGGUGUGCAUUCAACUCGGCAUGAGUCAAGGAAUCAGAGGAAAAAUAAUUUUGAUUCUAGGUCUUAUGUUUCAAAAGUUAUGAGCAUAAACAUAAGUGCAAAUUUGAAAAGUUGGUGGCGCUAGAGCGUUGGAGUUAGAGACCCCAAAUUUGGGUCAGUUACAGUUCAGUUACAGGAGAGUAUCAAAACAGUACACGAAAAAGUAGCAUGAUACAAGUAAAAAGUAAAGGAUUCACACGCGACAUAGGUUACCAUUUGGCAGAUUAACUGGAUAUGAAAUGCACUGAAUAUAACACGCAUGCAGUUUGUGAGCUCGCACUUGCUCUCCCGUCACAGGUAGAGAGAGAGAUGCAGCCCCUUCAUGGUUCUUAAAGGAACAUACCCACAGAACAUUACACAUGGUGAAACUGUUUUGUUCUUUGAAGUACCUUGGAGUACCAUGAAAAUAUAGUAUAUGAAUAUGGUAAUAAUUCAGUUAAGUUAUUUAUCAAAGUACCACUGUAACAAUACAUUUGAUCUCAAACUGUAAAACUUGGUAGUUCACUUAAGAUUCUGGCUCUGCAAUUGCCAUAUUUAGUUUGAUAGGACACUUUCAGUGUAAUUUACAUCAUCUUGUAUGGUUUAAUAUUAAAAAUAUAAGUUUUAUAGUCAUCAUGACCCAUUUUAUGUCAAAAUCCCCCUGUUCUUAACAGUCUAGAUCCAGACCUAUUCCUUGUGGUGGUCACCACAAGUGUUUGUGUGCAAUGUUAAAGACUGUGCCAUUUUGUUUGAAACACUGUGUAUGAAACAGAAAUAAAGCACUACUACAAAAAGA